CAUUAAUGUAGGUUGACAAGCUUGCAAUUAAGUAAUUCUUCUUGAUCUACAGCUAAUUGAGGUUCGUUUUUAUUAUAAAUUUUUUCAUUUGGUGGUGAUUUUAAACUGUAUGUCAUGUGUAGUGGGCAUUUACACUUGAGCUCUACGAUUAUAUCAAAUGUAGUUGUUAUUUACAUUGAUCCUCAUUUUUAAAAGUUUGUUCCAGAAUUUGUUGUUGAAUGUAAAAUGUAUAGUGGUCAUAUAUUUAUGAACUUGAUGGUGAUGUUGAUUUUUUAUGUGUUGUUGUAGAAAUGGCUUCAUUUCGUAUGACUGUUGUAUGCUUUUGGAAUGGUUCAAUUCGAUCAACUAGUAAUAAUGUUAAGUAUGUUGGGGGAAAACGUAAACUGUUUGCAUGCAACUCAUACAUGGAUUUGAAUGAAUUUAAACAUUUUAUAUGCUCUAGGAUUGGCAUUGACACUACAAGAAGUACUGUUAAUUUAAGUUUUAAAUACAAUCUGAGUGGAGAUUUGUUAGCUUUUCCGGUUGAGGAUGAGGAGGCUAUAGAUGCAAUGUGGGAGUAUUCAAGGUCUACCCCUAGUCCUUCUUUAGAGUUAUAUGUAGAAAAGGUACCCCUAGGGAACGAAGAUGUGAACGUUGUGGAAACAAAUGCAUUUAUGAAUAUAACUUCUUCUGCCCCUUCUCAUACGCCCUUCCCUACCCAAGAAACCGAAAAUUCCUUUAUUCCAUCUUCCUCUUAUCCUUGUAAUGAACCCAAUCAAGUUCAAUUUCAAGUCUCAAAUGAUGUUACUUUUAACUUACAAGAUACAAAUGAGCCUUGGGAUGAUGUUAAUAGUGAGAGUAAUGAAUUCGUUGAAGCUCCUUCUGAGGACGAUGUGGGUGUUGAUGAGGAGGCUCUAGCUAAUGACAUGACCUUAGGAAACAUUCCAACAAUCGUUGCUCCUACACCCUAUGCACUGGUUCCCCCUCUAGAUGAACACUUUGAGGACAACUCUUGGAGGUCUUGGGAUUGUGAUACAACCUACACCGACGAAGAAGAGUUUCAAAAGGGUAUGAUGUUUGACAACAAGGAUGCCUUGUUGGACGCUGUUAGAUUGUAUCAUAUUCGUAGGAACGUUGAGUACCGAACUGAGACUUCAAAUCAAACCUUGCUCACGUUGAAGUGUAAGAGAGGGUGUGGUAGGAGGCUUAGGGCUAGGAAGAGCUCCUAUUCACCGUCAUGGGAGAUUAACUUAUAAAGGGAAGCAUGGGGGUUGUGUUUUAUGUACUGAAAACGUGUCAGCUGGGCACAUUCAUUUGACAUCUUCCGUGAUUAACAAUCGUAUUAGAAAUUGUGUUGCUCAAGACCCAUCAAUUAAGGUUUCUGUUGUCGUCAAAUGGUGAAAGACCAAUUCGGUGUCGAAGUGACCUAUAAGCGGGCAUGGUGUGCUAAACAACAAGCCCUUCUCUCCAUCUAUGGUACGUGGGAAGAUUCUUAUCCUCUUCUUCCAUGCUUCCUGAAGGCACUGCAAAUUUCAAACCCCGGCACCGUAGUUGAGUGGUUCUUUAAGGAAGAUAAUGAUGUCGGUGUGUAUGUCCGUCCUAGUAUUAGAACUUUCCAACGCGUGUUUUGGGCUUUCCAACCUAGUAUUGAGGGAUUCAAGUAUUGCAAACCCGUUAUUGCCAUUGACGGAACACAUUUGUAUGGUAAGUAUCGCCAUACGUUGUUGGUCAACCGAUGAGGAGUGUGGGUCGUGGUGCAUUUGCGCCACCACUGCUUCCUCCCCCGCAUGUGCCAUAUGGAUCGCGGUGGUCAUUUGAAAGACGAACAAGACCCACACUGGAUCGGGCGUGGGGUUCUACCGCGAUCAACUCGAUCUAUUACGUGCUGACCAGUUUCUAUGGGACCCUUACCCCGCUGAGGCAUACGCUGCAUUGCCUCAGCACUCGGGCAUAUUGUCAGGGGCGUGGAGAGCAUCUGUACCUCUGAUCUGCUUCGACAUAGUCGAAGUGCAUCUCCCUGAGCGCGUACUGCGCCAAUUUGGGAUGGUACAGGGCAUCCCGCCUCCAUGUGACACAGAAGCGGAGCUCCACCACUCUCGCAAGGGUCGGGAACCCAAGAACUGGCUAGAGGUCAACUGGCGCCAUGUCGCUCGUUGGGAGCACAGGCUAGAUCUGGUUGCCCAAGGUGCGCCGAUCGACGCUGCAGGCGCACCUACUACGGCGGAUUACAUGCCGUGGUUCCUCUCCAUUACUCGACGAUGGAUGACACCACGAGGUAUCUUGGCGGCAUCCCAGUACAAUCCCACAGCACCGACGAUGACGCACUUUGAGGCGUCAUAAACCGUCACAAUUAGACAGGGUACAGGAGGAGGAUUAGCAUUACAAUAGUUUUGUAAUUAUUGAACAUUUGUACAUACUCAUUUGUAACUGUUGGUCUUUUGUGUGUAAAUUGUAACAUAUAUGUAGAUGUAUAUAUUUUUACCGUAGUAUCACACGUUUAUUAUGAGUUAAUUGAUGUUAACUACUCAGACUUUUGGGCGAUGAAUCAUUCCGCGAACAAUGCAGCAUGAAUUUAAUCAAAAACAAACAUACAAUCAUAUUCAAAUAAGGAUGUUGCUAUCCAACAUUCAACACAAUUUCAAGCAAGUUCAACAAAUCCAAAUCCAAUUACAUACUUCAUGCAUUAAGUUAAACUAGCGUCCGUAAAUAAGAAGGCUUAUUUAACUUUCUCAUAAUUCUUUCAGUCUCUUCUUUCCUAUGUGCCAUAUCAUUCAUUUGUCUCUUUAGAUUAAAUACCUCAUCUUUAAGCUCUU